AUGGCCGACGCGAGGUCUCUCCUGCGCCAGCAAAAGGCCUCGCGGAGAAUAGAUCACCCUCAUGCUGCCUACUCAGCCGCCGGAAAGCUGUUAUGUACCCUCUGCAGAGAACAAGUCAAGGCCGAAUCAUUAUGGGACGGCCAUCUGCUCAGCCAGGGCCACAAGCACAGAGUACAGCAGAAAAAGGUCACCCAGACAACCUCAACAAGUCCAAUGCCGGAGCCAGCCCCAAAUGAUGCCGUCCCCAUUCACAAGCGGAAACUUGAGCCCGUCGACGAGCAGGAGCAGGACAGGGAAAUGGAAGACGCCGUCCCUGUCAAGCGUAGCAAGCCUGAUAUCGCGCCUCUCACGGGCAUAGCUUUCAACGGCACCCCUGCUGCCGCCGCCGCCGCUGCUCAGGAACACGCAGCCAAGAGCGGAAGCACCAGUACGCCAGACCAAGUAUACAGCGCCGGUAGCAACAACAGCAAAGAGAGCACAAAAACGCCGCCCAACCUGAUCCGCAGACUCUCCACCACGCCCUCGCAGGGCGUUGAACUCCAGAUCCCGUCGCGGCCGGCAACACCCGCUCAUAGAGAAGGUGGCUCGGCGUCUUCGGCCUCCGCAUCAGGGGGAUACUUUGCCCUCCAGUCUCAGACGGGCCCCGUGACGCCGUUGCAUCGCAAUGCCUCGGCCGCCAACGUCACGGGUCCAGCACCUACCGCAGCGUCAGCAGCAGCCUCCGCAGCAGACAAGACGGGCUCAGCGGCCCAGCAAGUCGAUGAGUCGGAAUGGGCCGCCUUCGAGGCGGACAUCGCUGCGGCGGAGGCGCCCUACGACCAAGGGGCAGUCAUCUCCGCGCCGGCCAUGACAACGGAGGAGGUAGCCGCCAAAGAGGCCGCAGACGCAGACCGCAAGGCUCAAGCAGACGUGGACAUUGAGGACGAGAAGGAAGAGGCCACCCGCGCGCUGGAAGAUGAAUUCGCGGAGAUGAAGGAACUCGAAGCCCGGGUCAAGAGUCUCAAGGAGAGAAGGAACCAGAUUUUGAAGAAGAGAAGAGAGAGCCAAAGUCUAGGAACUGCUCCUCCUGUCGAGGGGGCAUCCUUGGCUGCAGCAGCAGUAGAUCAAAAUGGUGCUGAGGAAAGAGUUUCUGGGGAUGAAGAGGAUGGCGACGACGACGACGACGAUGAUGAUGAAGAGGAGGAUGACUGGGAUGGGUUCCGGUUCCGCACAUGA